AUGGAGACAGAGGCAGACGACGUGGCUUCAGCCAGAGAGCCAGCGCCAUCUCUCAGCUCCAGGACCAGUGCUUCAGUUCCUCUCAAUAACAAGUCCAAGCAUUCAUUACUGCCAUCUUCACGUAAAGCACCGCCAGCUUUCAACAAGUUUGUUCUCUACGAAAACCGCGUCCGGUUCUUCAUCGUCGCGUCCAAUACUACAGAUUCACGGCAUAGAAUUCUCAAGGUCGACAGGACUUCGCAGGAUGAGCUUAACGUGGUGGAGGAUGACGCAGAAUACAGCGGCAAACAAAUGACCGCGAUGCUCAAGAUGCUCGACGACGGAAACAAGAGCUCAGGAGGGUUAGGCAAGGCGAGAGUGUUUUUCGGUAUCGCAGGCUUUGUGCAAUUCACGGCGGGGUGGUACAUGAUCCUCAUAACCAAGCGUUCAUAUGUCGCCCUUCUGGGUGGCCACUAUCUCUACCAUUGCGAGAAUACCGAAAUGAUCCCCGUUUGUUUCAACCACAAAGUUGACAAGCCAGCGGAAGAGCAGCGUCUAAUGAACAUCUUCAAGCAGGUCGAUAUGUCCAAGAAUUUCUAUUUCAGUUAUACCUACGACAUCACCUCAACUCUACAGCAUAAUCUCACCGGGUCAAGCCGCUCUGUUCAAGGGAGUUGGCCAUUCAACGACCGGUUUGCAUGGAAUUUCCAUAUGAUGACCGCGCCAUUUGGCAACGACGAGCACCCCUAUUUGAAGCCAUACUGGAUAUUGCCUAUGGUGCACGGACACGUAGAUCAAGCAAAGUUGACGGUCCUUGGACGGGUCAUCUACGUCACCCUCAUAGCUCGAAGGUCUCGCCAUUUUGCCGGAGCCCGGUAUUUGAAACGUGGUGUCAACGACGAGGGCAACGUCGCAAAUGAAGUUGAGACAGAACAGAUCGUAUCGGAGGCGCUGACUACGCCUUUUUACUACCCAUGUCGACGAGAUGGUUCUGAAACCCGCCAACCGAGUCCAAAUUAUACCAGCUAUGUCCACUAUAGAGGCAGUAUUCCUGUAUAUUGGACUCAAGAGACCAAUAGCAUGAGUCCCCGUCCGCCGAUUGAGAUCAGUGUUGUCGAUCCUUUCUACAGUGCUGCAGCACGCCAUUUUGACAAUCUUUUCAAGCGAUAUGGAGCACCUAUCAUGAUCCUGAACCUAAUCAAGAAACGAGAGCCUGUUCCACGAGAAUCGAAAUUACUGGACGAAUAUACGCUCUGCGUCGAAUAUUUGAAUCAAUUUUUGCCUGCAGACAAGCGCAUGAAAUACCGAGCAUGGGACAUGUCUAGAGCGUAUAAGGAGAAGACCCAAGAUGUUAUCAGCAUCCUGGAGGAUAUGGCAGAGGAGUCCAUUCAAUUCACGAGCUUCUUCCAUUCUGGACCCGAGCCGUACUCGCAUUAUCUUCAAAACCAGACAGACAACAAUAACGAACCAUGGCGGAACACUAUCUCGCUCCAGAAUGGCAUUUGUCGCACGAACUGCGUCGACUGCUUGGACCGUACCAAUGCGGCGCAGUUCGUUUUUGGGAAGCGCGCUCUUGGACAUCAACUGUACGCGUUGGGAGUCGUAGAGCACCCAAAUCUAGCAUUUGACUCCGAUGCGGUCAACAUGUUAACCGAAAUGUACCAUGACCAUGGCGAUACCAUUGCUUUGCAAUAUACUGGAAGUGCUCUUGUGAACCGUGUCGAGACCUACCGACGAAUGCCGCAUUGGAACAGUCAUUCUCGAGAUAUCAUUGAGAAUAUCAGGCGGUUCUAUACCAACUCACUACUCGAUGCUGACAAGCAAACCGCCAUCAAUCUCUUCCUUGGGGUCCAAGAUGAGCGACCCAUAACGCAACCCCAAGUACGGAGUGGAUAUCAGAGGUGGUUCAACGAAGAGCACCUUCAACCGCCGUAUGCCUUGGACGACUGUGAUCGUGGGCUGCGGGACUUUAUCCGGAACAAGAGUGAUUUCUGGGUCGAGUACUAUCGACCAUUGUUGUUCACCUCGCUCGGAAAACACUUUGCCUACUCUAUGAACAGCACGCUCAAGCUUCCGGGAAAAACCGCAAAGGACAUGAAUCACAGUCCCUUUGAGCCGCAGAGCAUUGUGUCGCGCAGUCAGCCUAGUGUUGUUCAAGGUGUCCGACGCUGGAUCGGAGCCAACCCCGUAACAAGCUCGAAGAAGAGCACCAAGCAAACUAGUGACCGUGUUGAAUCGAGCAAGCCGGCUGCGGAACCAGAGGGAGAUCGGCUGUCGACAGAAGCCAUGGCGCGCCAGAAGCUGAAUCCUGUCGUUUCGGAGGAAGAAGAAGCAGAGUAUCAAGGAUAUAUUGACCAAUACCAGGAAUUACUGGACGCGACAACCGCUGAACGAAAGGAUUUAGAGCUUUAUUCUUACUCUGUCCGCACCGGACUAGGCGACACCCCAGACUGGCCAGCAGAAACACCCAAAGAGUUCAUCUCGUAUGUCAGCCAGAAUUCGUCGCAGUACCUCGACGGGAGGCAGGAUGUUCAGCCGUCGUUCAACUAUGAGCGAUGGCUGGGGGCUUAUUGA